AUGUCCCAGGCCGUCAAGCGAGCCUGCGAUGCCUGUCAUCGUCGCAAGGUCAAAUGUGACGGCAUCAACCCCUGCCGCAAUUGCUCUUCCGCCCAGCUUUCCUGCACAUACAAUGCCAUCCCUCAAAAGAAAGGCCCCAAGGGCUCCCGCGCCAAAGUCAUCUCUGAACUCCGCGAGACGCAGCGCCUUACUUCGCUCUCUGCCAAGGUCCAGAACCGCAUGAAUGGCAUCGCCUGCCCCCAUUCCGUCACCCUCGCCCCGACCCCCGGCAUGGUCACCUCGGAUCUCGUCAAGGACUGUGCCUCCUUCUUCUUCGACCACAUGUAUUCUCAGGCACCCAUCCUCGACCGCCGCCAGGUCGACCAGCAGCUGCUCUACAUGGAGCAGAACCGCGAUGCCUACUGCCUCAUGACCGCCAUGUGCGCCUUUGUCCUACUCCAGCCAGGCAUGGCCAUGCCCCCCGGCGAUCCCUACAACCUCGACAUGGUGCCCGGUGCCAACAUCAUCUCCUCCCAGCUGCUCCUCGAGGAAGCCCACAAGGUCCGCAAGGGUUACGACUAUCUCGACUCCGUCACCCUCAACGCCCUCGCCACCAAUUUCUUCUUCUUCGCCUGCUACUACGGCCAGGAAAUGCACGACAAGGCUUGGUAUUACCUCCGCGAGGCCACCACCAUGAUGGCCAUGACCGGCAUGGAUAAGGAGGAACACUACCUCCAGUUUGACGCCGUCGAGUCGUCGCGCCGUCGCCGCCUCUACUGGCUCUUUUACUCGGUCGAGCGCGCCUACGCCCUCGCCCGCGGUCGUCCCCUCACCCUCAAGGCCACCAUCAACCUGCCCACUCUGGCCGACGAUCCCUCGGACCCCCUGGCUCACCAGCUCCACGCUUUCAUCAUGCUCGUCAACCUCUACCGUCCCUUUGACGACUCCUUUGUCACCGUCUGGAACAAGACGCGCAAUCACCUCUCCACCCCUUACAUUAGCGGCCUGCAGAAGCAGCAAAAUGAUCUGUCCCAAAAUUAUGCGUGCCAGGACCCCAACUUUGCCGACUUCCGCACAAACCAACAGUGGCUCAAGAAUACCGUCUGGCAGCUGACCAACGGCAGCAAUGGGAGACCUGAAGACAACUCGUUCUAUAAUGGCGACAUGGCGCGUGAGCUGCUACUCAGCAUGGCCACGUCCUUUCCCAAUCGCGGCAUGGAUGUCGUCAACACUGGCCUCAUCGAGAAGCUCAUUGAGAUCUCCUUUUCCCUGACCGAGUUCCUCGCCAUCCAGCCUGCUUCGCGGGACCCCUUUGCCACUGGCCCCCGAGAGUACCUCAGCCAGAUUCUGACCUCUGUUGCCCUCGCCCGCUCCGGCGAGCAUCGCUUCCUGCCCCUGCUCAUGAGCAAGCUGUCCGAGAUUCUACCCCGCACCGUCAACCCCAUGUUGCAGAAUGCACCUGACAACGUCAACAUGGCCUCGGUCGACAUUUUCGACGGCUUUGGAAAUGCCGGCAUGGCCCAACCCCCAUUGCAGAUGAUGGACACCGACUACGUCGAGAGCAAGUACGCCCUCGAGAUGAACAACCGCGACACCGAGUCCAACUCGCAUGCCAGCCACACCACGCCCGGUUCCGGCUCCGACAUGAGCAACUCAUUUGUCGCCUCCCCCAGCAUCAUGUCACCCGGCAUGGAGUACUCUCACGGCAACAACCUUCCCAUCAACACCUUUGGUGUCAAUUCCAUACAGGAAAUGCAUGGUUCUCCCCCGCCAGGGCAGCUUUAUGCAGAGCAACGAGUAUCACGCGAUACCGGCCGAGCUCGACUUUAA